AUGUCUGGUGGUGUUAUAGAAACCGAUGGAGGUUUGGCUAUUGGCAACAACAGUGGUGCACAGACUACAACCCUUAGUGGGAAUGAAACCGAUGGAGGUUUGGCUAUUGGCAACAACAGUGGUGCACAGACUACAACCCUUAGUGGGAAUGGUCAGUCACUUUCUGUUCCAUCUUUGCCUAGCAAUAUAAGCGCAGGACUUACACCUGACAAAUUUGAUGGUACAAAUUUCAAGCAAUGGCAGCAAAAGAUGCAUUUCUUUCUGACCACGCUGAACUUAGCAAGGUAUCUCGUUGAGACAAAACCUGAGCUACCAUCGGAUAACACAGAUCCACGUGUUCUCUUGACCGUGGAAAACUGGACUCAAGGAGAUUUCUUGUGCAAAGACUAUAUUCAAAAUCGCUUGGUGGAUCAACUGUAUAAUGUUUACAGUGAGGUCAAAACUUCCAAGGAGCUAUGGAACGCCCUGGAAAAGAAGUACAAGACAUUCAAUGUAGGCUCAGGAAAAUUCGCUGUUGCGAAAUUUCUUAACUUUGUCAUGUUGGACUCAAAACCCAUCAUGGAUCAAGUGCAUGAGCUACAAAUGAUAUUGCAAGAGAUAUCAGAUGAAGGAAUGGAGAUCUGUGAGACAUUCACAGUGAAUUGCUUCAUUGAGAAGCUUCCCCCUGGUUGGGCAGACUUCAAGAAUUAUCUUGCAUUCAAGCAAAAGCCUUUGACUUUGGCUAAUUUGACUUCUAGACUGCAAAAUUAG